AGCGCUUGAAAAGCUUUUAAUGCCACCUGCAACUGAUUGUUAGUAACGCUAUAAAAAGCAAACCUUUGAUUAACUUUCAUUCAGUCGCCCGGCAAUCGUCGUCCAGCAGUCAACUUUUUUCCCCCCACACAGUGCCAAAAAGAGAGAGAGAAGCCAGGAAUCGCAGCAUGUCCGCCAAACCGUUCAAAGUUCUGAUCACCCACCCGGAGGUGCCACAGUCGGGCAUUGAUCUGCUCAAGGAGCACUGUGAACUGACCCAGGUGCUGAGUCUGCCCCCAAGUCGCGCCGAAUUGCUGGAGAAGCUUAAGGGCGUGGAUGCCGUUCUCUGGGGCGGACACUCGCCCCUCAAUGCCGAGGCUUUGGAUGCAGCGGGACCACAGUUGAAAUGCAUUUCGACCAUGUCGGCGGGCAUUGAUUAUGUCGAUGUGGCGGAGAUGAAGCGUCGCAAAAUCCCAUUGGGACACUCGCCCACAGUGCUGGACGCUGCUGUGGCUGAUCUCGCUGUGGGUCUGCUCAUUGCUGCCGGACGUCGUUUCAACGAGGCUCGCAGGAAGAUCGAUAGCGAUAAUUGGGAGAGCUAUCAUCUGAACUGGCUGCUGGGUCAGGAUGUGCGUGAUUCCGUUGUGGGUUUCUUUGGCUUUGGCGGCAUUGGUCAGGCCAUUGCCAAGCGUCUCUCUGGCUUCGAUAUCGAUCAGGUGCUGUACACAACACGUCGUCGCAUCGAUCAGGAAACCGAGAAGGAGCUCAAUGCCAAGAAGGUCGACUUCGAUGAGCUGCUGGCCAAGAGUGACUUUGUUGUUAUCGCCUCACCUCUGACCCCUGCCACACAGGGCAUCUUCAAUGCCACCGCCUUCAACAAAAUGAAGCGCACCGCCGUCCUCGUGAACAUUGCACGCGGCAAAAUCGUUAAUCAGAAUGAUCUGUAUGAUGCGCUGAAGAGCAACCGCAUCUUUGCUGCUGGUAUCGAUGUCAUGGAUCCCGAGCCUCUGCCACCCACUGACAAGCUGCUUACCCUCGACAAUGUUGUUGUUCUGCCCCACAUUGGAUCUGCGACCACGCGCACACGCUCCGACAUGUCCACGAUAGCUGCUCACAAUGUGCUGCGUGGCUUGGCCGGCGAACCAAUGCUCUCACCUGCCUACUAGGAAACUACUUAACCAGCUGACGACCUUGGCUUUAACUAGUUGUGAAAACAAUCACAAACAAUUGUGUGAAUAAUUAUAAAUGCAGUAAGAAUAAAUGAGAAUUAAACGAAAA